AUGCCACACACUUAUGGAGAUGAAGACCUUGAAAAUGCCGACGAGAAGUACCACGAGUCGUCCGAUGAAGACUUCAAUCCCGAAACCGCCCCAGCCGAAGAGGCAUCUAGCUCCGAGGACGAAGACCAUGUCACGAUAGAACCCGCACAGCGCAAGGGCAAGCGGAAAGCACCGGCCGAUGAAGACCUCGACUCCGGAGAUGAAGUGACGAUACAAGCUGCGCGGAAGAAGCGAGCCAAGAAGAAGGGCAAGAAGGGCAGUAAAGAGGACGACGAUGAGCUGAUCAUAUCGGAUGAUGAAGGCGGGGAGGGUGGUCUUGUCAAAACGCGAGCUCAAAGGAGAGUUGAGAGGAAGGAAAGGCGGCCACUUGCAAGAACUGAGGGCGCAACAGUGGACGUUGAUGCGUUAUGGGCUCAGAUGACAGCAGCGCCUUUGAAGCCUCUGGAAUCCACUAAACCACAGGAAGCGGCCGCGCCACAGGAUCAUGCACCCGUAGUCAACAUCCCAGUAUUGGCGGAGGAAGAACAGCUCACGAUCAAGAAAAUCUUUACAUUCGCUGGGCAGGACACGACCGAGGAAAAGCAGAUACCACGCUCCCAACUCGACAAAUACCUUAAAGAUGGUUGGAAGACAUUCGAGACGCCCGCUGCAACCACACCUGCGGCAGAGUCCCCCAAAGAUUCCUCCGAGUCUACCGGACCCAAGAUCCGUCGUCCCAUCCGCCGCCCAUCACGAUUCGACCCCAACCCUACAGGCUAUGUCCGCGCCCUCGCGCCCGAACACCAGCUUUCCUGGCCCCGUAGCUCCGCUACCACCCUACACCCCGAUCAAGAACUCGCUCCUGAAGCCGACGCUUCAACCACGAAGAAAGCGGAGAAGGCGCAGAAGCUCAAUGUCGUGGACAAAUCGCGCAUGGACUGGACAGGUUUCGUGGACAAGGAGGGCAUCGCAGAGGAAUUGGAUACACAUGGAAAGACUAAAGAAGCCUAUCUGGGUCGUAUGGAGUUCUUGGCUGGUGUGGAGGCCCGAAGAGAAGAGGAAAGGAGGAAUCUGAAGAUCAAGGCUGCGGCGGCUGCGCCUACGGCGGGAUGA